UUAAUGGGGCCAUGAGGCAUCCUGCUCAUGUCCCUUAGGUACAGUAAAGGGGGGUAUUAGACAACAGUAAUGCUGGCUGAUCUGAGCGCUCUGUCUGCUGUGUAGUCUGGGGGGAUCACCAUGGGGAGCACCAGCAAGGUGGCCAACUUGUGGAAGAGGAGACAGAGUCUUUUCCCCAACUACAAAGUUGCGGAUUCAGACAUUAAUCGAAGACCCUCGGAGAUUGCCUAUCCGCUGGCCAAGAAAAGCUGCAUGAAGACAUGGAACUCCAUGCAGGACCUGAGCAGGGACAUCUACGACAUUUAUGCCGAGUACGAAGAAGAACUGGAUGAAAAAGCUAUAUAUUGCUCUUCCAAGCAUGUUUCACUCUCCAAGAAGAACUACAUGAUAAACAUCAAUGUAGGGGGUAAGCCCUACCAGAUAGCCUACAAGACGGCCGCCAAGUAUCCAAAGACCAGAAUAGGACGACUGGCCACCUAUACGGACCACAACAUGAAGCUGGACUUGUGCGAUGACUACAUUGUGGCCACCAGUGAGUACUUCUUUGACAGGGAUCCAGAUGUCUUCCACAGUAUCUUCAACUUCUACAGGACCGGUGUGCUCUGGAUCAAGGACGAGUUGUGUCCCCGCAACUUCCUGGAGGAGAUCAACUACUGGGGCGUGAGGAUCAAGAACACCCACCGCUGUUGUCGCAUCUCCUUCGAGGAGCGGCAGGACGAGCUGAACGAUCAGCUGAAGAUCCAGAGGGAGCUGGAGGCAGAAGUGGAGAUCGAGGAGAAUGAGGAGCUCUUCCAUGACAUGUUCAUGGGCCAGAAGCGCAGAGCUAUCUGGAACUUGAUGGAGAAGCCGUUUUCGUCCAUCAAGGCCAAGCUGAUGGCGUUGGCCUCCAGCGUGUUUGUCGUGAUUUCCCUGGUGGCCAUGACUCUCAACACGGUGGAGGAGAUGCAAUACAGAACUCCCACAGGUCAGCUCAGCGGGAAGACACACUGGGAACACGUGGAGUCCAUGUGCAUCGCCUUCUUCACGAUGGAGUUCCUGCUCCGUCUGGUGUCCACUCCUGACCUCAAAUCCUUCAGCAGGAGUGUGCUCAAUGUGGUAGACCUGAUCGCCAUCCUGCCUCAGCAUGCGCAGGCCAUCUUGGAGUUCUUUGACAGUGAGGAGAAUUACAUGAAGCACGAGGCCGACAUGCAGGCGGUGGGGCAGGUGGGAAAGCUGGGCCAGGUGUUGCGGAUCAUGAGACUGAUGCGAAUCUUUCGGAUCUUGAAACUGGCGCGACACUCCACAGGUCUGCGGGCCUUUGGCUUCACUUUGCGUCAGUGCUACCAGCAAGUGGGCUGCCUCUUCCUUUUCAUCGCCAUGGGCAUCUUCAGCUUCUCGGCCAUGGUUUACACUGUGGAGCAUGACAUGCCGCAGACCAACUUCACCAGCAUUCCUCAUGCAUGGUGGUGGGCAGCUGUCAGCAUCUCCACUGUGGGCUACGGAGACAUCUACCCAGAGACCAUACUGGGUCGUCUCUUCGCUUUCAUCUGCAUCUCUUUUGGAAUCAUCCUCAACGGUCUGCCCAUAUCCAUCCUCUUCAACAAGUUCUCAGACUAUUACUCUAAACUCAAGUCCAAUCAGUACACAGCCUCCACCAAGAAUCGAGGGAAGGUGAGAUUUUCCAACAGGACAGUGAAAAGGCUCAAACACUGUUUUUGUGAAGCACACUAAUUUCUUUCUUCUUUUUUUUUAAAUGAAGAAAUAAUAUGCUUUUGGCAGCUUUUGUAGUUAGGAAGCCAGUGAGGGAUCACAUGCUUCUAUAAUUAUGAGAAGAACAAGUAGGGAGAAAAUUAAGCAGUAUGACUGACUGUUUUAUGAAAAUAUUUGCUUUUUGUAUACAGAUAACCAUAUUUUAUAUAUACUACAUUUCUGUCAAAAAAGAGAAAUACAAAAAAUAAAAUAAAAGUUUCCACUAGUUUAGACUUGCUAUUUACAUAUGCUAUCUCUAUAUUAUCAUUUAGAGAAAUUACACAAAACAGAGUUCCUUUUCAGUGGUAAGCUCUUCAUACCUGUCCAUCAUUACAAAUUAAAUGGUACGUACAACCAUUCUUCAAACCCACAACAGAAUAUUUCAAUUUACAAAUAUACUGUAUUGAAUAUGUCAGGUACAAUUUUGAGAAAAUAUGUAUACAAUGAUGCAAAACACAUCUACAAUAUACAUUUGAUGUAAUUAUACAGCUGCACAAAUGUGAAUAUUUCUCUAUAUUAUCACAUGGCUUCAGUGAAGUUGGAACAAGCAUAUAAGGAAUAUGCUUGCAUUUGAUAUUGUCACCCAAUGUGGAAAGAUGUUACUUCAAAUUAAAAUGUAAGAUUUUUUUAUCAUGUUUUACAAGCAGUCCUCUUUAAUCAGAUUCCCACAGUGAAAAUGUGUAAUAUUGUCAACAGUUUGGGUAAAAAGGUCAAAACUUGUGGUUUGGUCUGGGCACUGGGGAAUGAAUGAAAAAGCUUUUACUAUCACCAGAGCAGCUCUCAGGGCAUUGAUCUUUUUGUUUAUCUACGAUAUAUCUCUAUGCCUAACUGAUUUUGAAAUAUGUCCUUUUCAGAGACAGUUUAACCAGUAGCAUAAAUCUGAGCGAAAAAUAUUAGUUUCUUUAUAAUUGCAGCUGCAAUGUUUUAAAUCUGUGUGCUCACACAGGAGAUCUGCAGGGGCUUGCAAAGUGUACUUAACCUUCAAUUACUGGUACUCCUUUACAUGUGUUUGCAAUGUUUAAUAGCCUAUGAAGUAUGCACUGUGAUUGACUUGCAAUGCAUGCAACUAUGUCACACGAUGCAGUCUGAUACUCUGUUAUUAAUAAACACUGUAGCUACUACUUA